GGGGAGGCAGGCUCCUCCGGGCACUGCGGGUGCGGAGCGAGCCCCGACUACCCCCGGUGCGCGCUGGGCCGCGGCCAAAUGGACCGAGUUCUCCAGCGGGGGAUGCGCGCCGGCGGCCACCUGCGACCCCUCAGCCCGCCGCCCCGCCCCAGUGAGAGGGAGCCCCGGCGCGGGGUCCCCGUCGCCCCCGGCGGCCCCGCUCUCCGUUGCCUGCGGGCGGCGCCUGCCCUCUCCGUGGCUCUGCGGAGCCGGGCGGUCCCCGGGGAUCAGCUUCCACUUCCGGAGUCCGGGCGUGUGCAGCGCCCCGCACGGCGGACACCGGGGUCCAGCGCGGUGCGGCUCGGGGCGGGGCCCGGCGAGGGGCUCGGCCGGGGAGCGACAGCCCUGGCAGCCAAUGAGCAGCGAGAGCUGCGCCGGGCGCGGCUCCCAUUGGUCUGCCCCACCCCGGGGGCGGGCCUUCGCGGAGCUCCUUACUGUUGGCCCUGCUCGCUGGAACCCGGGGCGCGCUGCGAUGCGGGGCCGAGGUUCCGAGGUGUUGCCCGCAGCCGCACAGCGCGUCCUCGGCCUGACCCUCCGUGCCGUCCGCGUCCAGGCCCACCAUGGCCUUCCGGACGCAGCUGCGGCUGCUGCUGUGGAAGAACCUCCUGUACCGCAGGAGACAGCCGGUGCAGCUCCUGGUGGAGGUGCUGUGGCCGCUCUUCAUUUUCUUCAUCCUGGUGGCCGUGCGCCGCUCGCACCCUGCGCUGGAGCGCCACGAAUGCCACUUCGCCAACAAGCCGCUGCCGUCGGCGGGCACCGUGCCCUGGCUGCAGGGCCUGCUCUGCACGCUGAACAAUACCUGCUUCCCCCGGCCCACGCCCGGCGAGCAGCCCGGACGCCUGGACAACUUCAACGACUCCCUGGUCUCUCGGCUGCUGGCUGACGUUCACACAGUACUGGGGGGCCCCAGUGCCCGCCGGACGCUGGCCGGCCUGGGGAAGCUGAUGCCGGUGCUGAGGGCGGCCGGCAGCCAAGCCCGACUUCUGUCCCAGGAGCGACCUUCACCGGCCACUCAGCUGCUGGGGACGCUGCUGCCCGGGACACCUCUAGUGUCCACACUGGGCAGCUUUGUGGACGCUGCUGAGGACCUGGCCCAGGAGCUGCGGGCGCUGUCCAGCCUGGCGGAGCUGCGGGCGCUGCUGCUGAGACCCCGAGGCGCGGGCAGCCCCCUGGAGCUGGUGUGGGAAGCCCUGUGCAGUGCGCGGGGCCCCAGCAGCCCGGCCGGCCUCUCCCUCAACUGGUUCGAAGCCGGGGACCUGAAGGAGUUGGUGGGGUCGGAGCCGGGGCCAGCCCUGCCUGUCGGCAGCCUGAGCCCCACCUGCGUGGAGCUGCUGGGGGCCCCGGGGGACCGGCCCCUGUCCCGCCUGUUCUGGAGGUUCCUGAGGCCGCUCCUGCACGGGAGGCUGCUGUUCACGCCUGACACGAACUUCACCCGGCAGCUCAUGGCGCAGGUGAACCAGACCUUCCAGGAGCUGGCCAUGCUGAGGGACCUGCCCGAGGCCUGGAGGACGCUGGGCCCCCAAAUCUUCGCUUUCAUGAAUGACAGCACGAACGUGGCCGUGCUGCAGAGGCUCCUGCGAAUGCGGGACAAAGGCAGGAGGCCCGAGCAGGCCGAGGCCCUCAGCGCCUUCCUGGACCCCAGCCUGGGCGGCUACAGCUGGCGGACGGCGCACGCAGACCUGGAUCGCCUGAUGGACGGGCUGGGCCGAGUGAUGGAGUGCGUGUCCCUGGACAAGCUGGAGGCCCUGCCCUCCGAAGCUGCCCUGGAGGUCCGGGCGCUGCAGCUGCUGGCCGAGCACCGCUUCUGGGCGGGCGUGGUCUUCCUGGGGCCCGAGGACCCCCUGGACCCCACGGAGCUCCCAGCUCCAGACCUGGGGCCCGGCCACGUGCGUCUCAAGAUCCGCAUGGACAUCGAUGAGGUCAUGAGGACCAAUAAGAUCCGGGACAGGUUUUGGGACCCCGGCCCGGCGGCAGAUCCCCUGACCGACCUGCGCUACGUGUGGGGCGGCUUCGUGUACCUGCAGGACCUGCUGGAGCGCGCGGCCGUGCGCGUGCUCAGCGGUACCGACCCCCGCGCCGGCUUCCACCUGCAGCAGAUGCCGUACCCCUGCUACGUGGACGACGUGUUCCUGCGCGUGCUGAGCCGCUCCUUGCCGCUGUUCCUGACGCUGGCCUGGAUCUACUCGGUGGCGCUGACCGUGAAGGCCGUGGUGCGGGAGAAGGAGACGCGGCUGCGGGACACCAUGCGCGCCAUGGGGCUGGGGCGCGCAGUGCUGUGGCUCGCCUGGCUCCUUAGCAGCCUGGGGCCCUUCCUGCUCAGCGCCGCGCUGCUCGUGCUGGUACUCAAGCUGGGGGCCAUCCUCCCCUACAGCCACCCCGGCGUGCUCUUCCUGUUCCUGGCGGCCUUCGCCGUGGCCACGGUGGCCCAGAGCUUCCUCCUGAGCGCCUUCUUCUCGCGGGCCAACCUGGCGGCCGCCUGCGGGGGCCUGGCCUACUUCGCCCUCUACCUGCCCUACGUGCUGUGCGUGGCCUGGCGGGACCAGCUGCCCGCGGGGGCCCGUGUGGCCGCGAGCCUGCUGUCGCCCGUGGCCUUCGGCUUCGGCUGCGAGAGCCUGGCGCUGCUGGAGGAGCAGGGCGAGGGCGCCCGGUGGCACAACCUGGGCAGCGGGCCGGCGGCCGACGUCUUCAGCCUGGCCCAGGUCUCGGGCCUGCUGCUGCUGGAUGCCCUACUCUACGGCCUGGCCACCUGGUACCUGGAGGCCGUGUGCCCAGGCCAGUACGGCAUCCCUGAGCCGUGGGACUUCCCCUUCCGGAGGAGCUACUGGUGUGGGCCGGGACCCCCUAAGGGUCCUGCCCCACCCCCUGCCCCGCAGGACCCGAAAGUGCUGGUGGAGGAGGCACCGCCCGGCCUGCGCCCCGGGGUCUCCCUGCGGGGGCUGGAGAAGCGCUUUCCCGGCAGCCCCCAGCCAGCCUUGCGGGGCCUCAGCCUGGAUUUCUACGAGGGCCACAUCACCGCCUUCCUGGGCCACAAUGGGGCCGGCAAGACGACCACACUGUCCAUCCUGAGCGGCCUCUUCCCACCCAGCGGGGGCUCGGCCUUCGUCCUGGGCCACGACGUCCGGUUCGACAUGGCAGCCGUGCGGCCGCACCUGGGCGUGUGCCCCCAGCACAACGUGCUCUUCGACCUGCUGACGGUGGACGAGCACGUGUGGUUCUACGGGCGGCUGAAGGGCCUGAGUGCGGCCGCCGUGGGCCCCGAGCAGGACCGGCUGCUGCAGGACGUGGGGCUCGUCCCCAAGCGGGGGGCACAGACCCGGCACCUCUCGGGCGGGAUGCAGAGGAAGCUGUCCGUGGCCAUCGCCUUCGUGGGCGGCCCCCACGUGGUCAUCCUGGAUGAGCCCACGGCCGGCGUGGACCCCGCUUCCCGCCGUGGCAUCUGGGAGCUGUUGCUCAAGUACCGGGAAGGCCGCACCCUCAUCCUGUCCACACACCACCUGGACGAGGCGGAGCUCCUGGGAGACCGCGUGGCCGUGGUGGCCGGGGGCCGGCUGUGCUGCUGCGGGUCCCCACUGUUCCUGCGUCGCCACCUGGGCUCCGGGUACUACCUGACGCUGGCCAAGAGGCCGCCGCCCCUGACCGUCUCUGCGAAGGGUGGCGCUGAUGUGCAGCACAGCCGGGAGCCGGGCGGCCAGGGAGCCACGGCGGGCGCAGCCCAGCUCCUGGCCCUGGUGCGGCGCUCAGUGCCCGGUGCCCGGCUCGUGGAGGAGCUGCCGCACGAGCUGGUGCUGGCGCUGCCCUACAAGGGUGCCCAGGACGGCAGCUUCGCGCGGCUGUUCCAGGAGCUGGACGGGCAGCUGGGGGAGCUGGAUCUCACUGGCUACGGGAUUUCGGACACCAGCCUCGAGGAGAUCUUCCUGAAGGUGGUGGAGCAGUGUGCUGCGGACACAGACCCAGACCCAGACCCGGAGGGCGGCCGACCCCGCCAGGGGCUCCGGAUUCUGCCCGAGGAGCCGGCGCUGGAGAACGGGGAGCCGGCCGGGGCAGCCCCGGAGACCCGGGCCCUGCACGGCGCGGAGCCAGGCGGCGCGGGCCAGGUGCGGGGCUGGGCGCUGACCCGACAGCAGCUCCGGGCCCUGCUGCUGAAGCGCUUCCUGCUCGCCCGCCGCAGCCGCAGGGGCCUGUUCGCGCAGAUGGUGCUGCCCGCCCUCUUCGUGGGCCUGGCGCUGGCGUUCAGCCGCAUCGUGCCUCCCGCCGGGCACUACCCGGCCCUGCGGCUCAGUCCGGCCAUGUACGGGGCCCAGGUGUCCUUCUUCAGUGAGGAUGCACCAGGGGACCCGGGCAGGGCCCACCUGCUGCAGAUGCUGCUCGCAGAGGCGGGGCUGCAGGAGCCCGAGCUGCACAACACCUCCCACCG